AUGUCUGCAUCCAACUCGGCUUUUGUUACUUUACUUGUAGGCGAGUCCUAUGCUCCAGGUGUUCUCACCCUUGGAUCCAAACUCAAAGAGCUUGGAACAAGCCAUAAAUUGGUUUUGUUAUUGGACACUAGUACAGUUUCACAAGAGUUACAAGAUUUGAUCUCCACAGUUUAUGACGAGAUUAUACCUGUUGAUACCAUUCAAGCACCAUUGACCAAGCUUGCGGAAACAUUGGAUCGUCCAGAAUUGUCGAUUACUUACACAAAGUUGCUAUUGUGGGGAUUAACACAAUACGAGUCUAUUGUUUACCUUGAUGCUGAUGUUUUACCCUUGCAAAGCUUGGAUAACUUGUUUGACUCCUAUGAGAUUGGUGUUGGUGAGAUUGCCGCAUCGCCUGACUCAGGCUGGCCCGAUAUCUUCAAUUCUGGUGUGUUCAAAUUGAAACCAAACCAAGAGACAUUGAAUAGUUUGAUUGAGUUUGCUGGUAAAGGUGACUCGCUGACUUUUGAUGGUGCUGACCAAGGUUUGUUGAAUGAGUUUUACCCCAAUUGGCACAGAUUGCCAUAUCUUUACAAUGUAACUCCCAACUAUCGCCAAGAUUACCAGUACUUGCCAGCAUUUCACAGGUUCUUUAAAGAUAUUAAGGCUUUGCACUAUAUUGGGGGUGCCAAACCAUGGAGCUACGAUAAUAUAUUAUCGAGUGACUUGAGCAACUUUCAUCAGUUUUGGUGGGAUGAUUUUAAUAGGUUUUUUGAUAAGUCAACGAGGUACAAAUUGUUGAGAUUAAAAGGUGAAGGCGCAAAUUUGCGAUUCCAGAAAUUGGUCAAUGAAUGGGAUGUGUCUAAUCUCAAAGAGCCACAACAAUUACAAAGAGCUUCUUUUGCUUCCGAAUCGGUAUCAGAUUCCGGAAAGCAUAUUGAGCACCCACCUAUAUUUCCUUGGGAGCAUCGUGAUAAGAGAGAGGCAACAAGGUUCUUCCAUGAAGGAGAUGAUUUACCUAGUUAUCAAGAUGUUACCCAAGAUGAAGAAAAAGAUAAAGAUGAGGCUUUCCAUGAGAAGUUGCGAAGAAACCUUGAUGUGUUGAAGGCUACAAAACUUGGCUCAUCUUCUUCGCCCGCACCGCCACGAACAAAAAAGGCGCCCUUACUGAAAGAGUAUAAUUUUGGCCAAGGAGAUGAUGAUUUCAAUCCCGAUAAGUCGUUGGAUGAAGUUUCGAAAUUGCCGCUCAAGUUUUUUUCAAAAGAAAAAGCAAGAAGAGAGAGCGAGGACAAGUAG